AGUCUGAUUGUGCAGGCAGUUUAUUACCUGGGGAAAUUUUGAUGCAGAUUCCACAAAUACUUUGUGCAUAAAUCACUUAACAUCUGUCGAAUUAUGGACGUUACAUCUGCUUUCGGUGUUCCCGUUUUGUUGGGCGUCGGCGUGAUUGCCGUCACCAUCAUCAUUGGCAAGUUCUUCUUAGGAGGGAAACGAAAACCUGCCGGGCCGCCCAAAGCUCUGAAAGAUCCUGAAACAAAAUUCCCAUUUGAGCUGGUGGAUAAAGAGAUUGUUAGUCAUGACACAAGACGCUUUCGUUUUGCCUUACCAUCCAAGGAUCACAUCCUCGGUCUUCCAGUCGGUCAGCAUAUCUACUUAACAUGCCGCAUCGAUGGCAAGCUAGUUAUCCGUCCCUACACCCCGGUGACUUGCGAUGAUGACAAGGGUUAUAUGGACCUUGUUGUUAAGGUGUACUUCAAAGAUGUUCACCCCAAGUUCCCAGAGGGAGGGAAAAUGUCUCAGUACCUUGAAAACAUGGAGAUCGGAGACUCAAUUGAUGUCCGUGGCCCAAGCGGGCUCUUAGUUUAUGACGGAUGUGGCCAGUUCAGCAUCAAAGCAGACAAGAAGUCUGAGGCUGUGAAGACGCAUGCCAAAAAUAUUGGAAUGAUCGCUGGUGGUACAGGCAUCACUCCAAUGCUGCAGCUGGUCAGGCAAGUCUUGAAGGACCCCGCUGACAAAUGUAACGUGUGGCUUUUGUUUGCAAACCAGACUGAGAAGGAUAUUCUUCUUCGUCCUGAGCUGGAGGAGAUCAGUAAGGAGCAUGGGGAUCGGUUCAAGCUGUGGUACACCCUGGACAGGCCUGAUGAAGGUUGGGAGUACAGCAGCGGGUUUGUCAAUGAAGAUAUGCUCCGAGAUCACAUGCCUCCACCCAGCUCAGAUACCCUUGUCUUGAUGUGUGGUCCGCCCCCGAUGAUCAACUACGCCUGCCUACCCAACCUGGAGAAACUGGGCUACACCCCAGAGAUGAGGUUUUCUUAUUAAGAGUCAAGCUCGAAAUCUCAAGCCUGGCCUAAGAGAGUCAGAUUUUAAAUCAUGUCUGAAACACUUCAUGGUACAUGGUAUGUUUCGAGACACUUUGUAUCUAACUAAAUUUAGACACUUAAAGUCACCUGGCAGUGGUAUUUUUUCAAAAUAAAGCUUUUGUCACUAAUAUAUGUGUUUUGAUGAGUGG